CUGGGCGUUAGCGCUGUGCACGCAAUUAGGAGGUGUAUCAUAGUUGUGUAAUCGCACGCCAAUGUUUUAGUGGUCCUGCGAGACGUUAAUUUAACUACGAUUUAGACGGCGUACGAUAAUAAUAAAAAUAUUCCGACCGACGAGCAACGGGACACUGUAGUGAACGCAAUUGGACGCUUCUACUCGAUUGUCUUCUUUGUUAAGAUGCUGCCCAAAAUCGUAAUCGUGUGCUUGGCGUUUUUGUCCGUGGGUCGCGCCUGCGAAGAAAAUAACUUACAGCCUUUGGAAAAGGCCAAGACGUCGGUUGAAUGGACGAAAAAUGGUUUCAAAAUGUCCAUUUUUGGCAACCCGGAUAAAUACAUACCGCACUCGAUGUACAUCGUAACGAUCGAAAGUGAAAAUUUGGAUUUUCAUUCGUUUCUGGUAACUGCGGAACGCGACUGCCAUGGUUCGACGAGCGAAGAUUGUGGCGAUCCCGCAUCACCGGAUCGCUCAGGUUCGCUUCAGUUACUAUCGUCUGAUGACAGUGCUACGUUCCACCCGGAGUGCAUCAAUACUAUUGUCCAGUCUGAUCUGGAAGUCAAACUGAAAAAGUUGCGGUUCGUGUGGUCAGCUCCAAAAACUGGAAGCGGUUGCGUAUACAUAAGGGCUUUGAUAAACUAUGAAAACAGUUACAAUAAAUAUCAGAGUGUUGAACUGUUGAAGGAACUAUGCGAAAUGUCUUUUGAUACGGUAACGAAGCCAAACUCACAAGCUGAAACCGAAAGUUGUUGCGCUUGCGACGAAGCCGUUUAUGAGAUGAAAUUUGAAGGACUUUGGUCACCAGAAACUCAUCCAAAGGACUUCCCAAGUGCUUUGUGGCUUACACACUUCAGUGACAUAAUCGGAGCAACACACGAUAAAAACUAUUCCUUUUGGGCUGAGGGUCAGUGGGCCACUGACGGUGUUAGACAGUUGGCCGAAUGGGGUUCAACGGCGAUUUUGGAAUCCGAACUAAGGCAGCAGAAGAAACAUUUGAGAACUUUGAUCAAAGCCACAGGGCUUUGGCAUCCACGCGUCAAUACUAACGCUACGUCUAAAUUCCGAGUGGACAAGAAACAUCAUUACAUUUCCUUGGCUUCUAUGCUUGGCCCAUCUCCUGAUUGGAUUGUAGGUAUCAACGGCCACAAUUUAUGUGAAAAGAAUUGUCAGUGGGUUCAAAACAGAACUAUAGACUUGUAUGUCUACGACGUUGGAACAGACAGCGGACGUACAUAUAUGUCACAUAACCAAGAAACUUUACCACAUGAACGCAUUUUUCGGAUCACCCCUUUGUAUCCGGAUGACCCCAGAUCGCCUUUUUUCAACGAAAAUGGCAACGAGAUGGAACCUUUGGCGCGUUUACAUUUGAAUAGAAUCAACGUCAUACCGAAAUCUUGUUCCGACAAGGUUAUAACAGAUUUGAUGGAUGAACUCGUAGUGUCGGAGAAUUCUCAAGAUGUAUUAAGGCCUGAAUGUGCUGUAUCAAAAUACUCUGAAUGGACCAAGUGCAACGUGGCUUGUGGCAAAGGCUUGAGAUCGAGAACUAGAAAUUAUUUAAACGAAACUGCUGCUCAGCAGUAUGGUUGUGACAGACAAUUGGUGUCGAAAGAAAUGUGCCUGUCUUCAGUGCCUACUUGCCCUGGUGAAACGGAACAAGAAGACGACAGCUUGCUAAUAGAUGACGCAAAAUGUAAUACUACGGAAUGGACACCGAUGUCUGAGUGUUCUGUAUCAUGUGGUAUUGGAUUCAUGUUCCGUACCAGACAAUUUUUAGAUCACACGAGUUACAAAAAGUGUCGUCACAUUGGACUUGUCAUGAAGAAAAAGUGCAUGCAACCAGCUUGUACUAAAGUCGCUAAACAGUCAUCAUUCACUAGCAUGUGUCCAGUAACCGAGUGGAGUAUGUGGAGUCCGUGCAAUGUAACUUGUGGCCAAGGAUUGUCGGUCAAGUCUCGGUUGUUACUCGUGUCUGGUGAAAAUUACACAAAAUGUGUCGAUAAAGUUGUAUUGGAGGAAACUCGAACAUGUAAUGGGACGCGUCCUACCUGCGAAAUCAACUCGUCUUUAGCUAAAGAAAUAUGUAGCAUGGAAAAAAAUGAAGGGGCUUGUAACAUCAAUGCUGUGCGUUAUUAUUACAAUAAAGAAUUAAAGACUUGUAUUCAAUUUAAGUAUGGUGGAUGCCGGGGAAAUGAAAAUAAUUUUAAAAGUGCCAAAGAAUGCUAUAAAGUGUGUCACGGUGUGGUUUAAAGACAUUACCUAUUAAAAAAAUAAGUGUUGUUAGAUAGCAUAUUAUAGUUAUAAGAUACAUGAUAAUUUUGCAAUACUAUAGAAACUUUUACUAAUAAGAACAACAGUACGUUGUACACAUCAACGCACUGGACAAAAUUAACUAACAUAUUUUGAUCGUAAUUAUUACAAUAGUAUACUAUUUCCCUACAAAUUAUGUAAAAUCUGUUUAAAAAUCGUUUAUCUACUCCAGAACUGCAUUAAUUUUGUACCCAUACAAUAUUAUCACGAUUGUAAAAUAAACAACAUUUUUUAUUCAAAUCAACGUCGCUAUUGA